AUGACUGCACAUGCCCUCACAAGCACCACAAUGCCGGAGGCCACAAAGCCAAUCAUAAGCUCAACAGUUACCCCAGUGGACGCCGAAAUCGAUACCCUCACCGACGGCCCCCUCUUCCCCUCCAACCUCAUCUCCCCCGAAGUGAUCUCCCUCCUACCAACAGACUACACAAUCCGGCCCAUGCGCCGCUCAGACUACCACCGCGGCUACCUGGACGUCUUGCGCGUGUUGACAACUGUUGGCGAUAUCACCGAGGAGGCAUGGAACCAGCGGUACGACUGGAUUACCUCGCGCAAUGACGAGUACUACAUGCUCGUGGUCUGCGAUGGCGCGGACCAAGUUGUCGGAACCGGUAGUCUGAUUGUUGAGCGCAAGUUCAUUCACUCGCUCGGUAUGGUUGGACACAUUGAAGACAUUGCCGUUGAGAAGAACCAGCAGGGCAAGAAGCUUGGUUUGAGAAUUAUCCAGGCUUUGGAUUAUGUUGCUGCCCAGGUUGGCUGUUACAAGAGCAUUCUUGACUGCUCCGAAGUCAAUGAAGGUUUCUAUGUCAAGUGUGGCUUCAAGCGCGCUGGCCUCGAGAUGGCGCAUUAUUACUGAGCGUUUAUUGAUCCAUGUAUUUUUUCCCCUCC